ACUAAAUCAGCAAAACAGUCCUCUGGAUUUCGUUACACAUAGCCAGCUAAGAAGGUUUAUCACACAACCUUCGGUUUUCUCUGAAACCAACACACUCCAAGUGAUACGGUACUUCCUCUUCUCUCUCCGCCGUUUCAGAUCUACGAUUUCCAUGUCAAUGCAGAAUGGCAUCCAACAGGGGUCAAGGUGGAAUUCAACAGUUGCUGGCAGCUGAACAAGAAGCACAAAGGAUUGUCAAUGCUGCCAAAAAUGAAAAAUUAGCUAGACUGAAGCAGGCCAAAGAAAACGCUGAAAAGGAAAUUGCUGAGUACAGAGCUCAGUUGGAGUACGAGUUUCAAAAGAAAGUGUCAGAGAGUAGUGGACAUUCUGGUGCUAAUGUAAAGAGACUUGAGCUAGACACUGGAGCAAAGAUCCAUCACCUGAAAACUGAGGCAGGGAGGAUAUCAGGGGACGUUGUCACCACGCUCCUCAAGUAUGUAAUUAGUGUGAAGAAUUAAAUCUUGGUGCUGGGAACUCUCAAGUUAUGCAGAAUAAUAUAUUUCAUUCAUCUUGUGUUUAUUAUUGUUCUAGAUUGUGGUGGAGAUAGAGUAUUGCCUUUUUGCUAUGAUAUGUAGUGUCUUGUUGCCAUGUAAAAUUAAUUUUUGAUUUGUUAAAAUAAGCGGUUAAGAAUUCAUAGACAUGCUUAUAUGUAUCACCACUUUACCAUAGGUCUGAGGAUUACUUUGUCAGUUUAUAUUGAGUAAAGCUGGAACCAAUGAUUUAUUCUUUUGUAAACACCGUCAUAUUCUCCUUUUACUUGAUUUUGGCUUCGACUGAGUCUGUUAA